ACCAAAAUUAAACCAAUAAAAGGAGACUGCAUGGAGGAAGAUUUAGGUAUUUCCCCAACAGAUCGAGAAAUCAUAGAAAAAGAAGUAGAAAUCAUAUUUCAUACAGCUGCCACCGUUAAAUUCAAUGCUGUCUUAAGAGAAGCAACAUACAUUAAUAUCAGAACCUUGAAUGUUUUAUUAGACAUGGCAAAAAAUAUGAAAAACUUGAAGGCUUUCGUGCACGUUUCAACUGCUUUUUCUUCGAUGAUCAGGACGAAAAUUAUUGAAGAAAAAUUUUACGAGCCACUUUUCAAAGCUGACAAAUUUCUAACAUUGGUGGAAUGCAUUGACGAUUCAGUUUUGGAUGAACUUACGCCGAUAUUAAUAAAACCUUUUCCAAAUACCUACGUGUUUACGAAAUCAAUCGCCGAAGAUUUAUGUCGAGAAAAAGGCUCCGGAAUACCUUUAUGCAUUUUCAGACCAGCAGGAAUUAUAUCCUGUUUCAAAGAACCUCUUCCAGGAUGGAUAAAUAAUGCCUAUGGUAGUGUCGGAUACUAUUAUGGUAUUGCAAUUGGCGUCUUAAAAGUAGCAUAUACAAGAGUACACUCAAAUGCACCUGUCGUUCCUGGAGAUUUUACUAUAAAUGCGUGCAUCCUCUCAGCAUAUCACGUAAAUAAAUCUUGGGAGAAUCGACCGAACGAUGGAUCGAAUUUCAAUAUACCUAUAAUAAAUUAUAGCAAUUGUUUCACCAAGUUUGCACUUACUUGGAAAAGCUUUUUGGACAGAGUUAAGAAAGGCGUGAAAAAAUAUCCUUUUUACAGCAUGGUGACAUUGCCCAGUGUUGUGAUUGUCAGUAACUCAAUUCUUUAUCGAUUAGCAACAAUCAUCUUCUAUUGGAUCCCAGCAAUCAUCCUUGAUUCAUUUUUGAUGAUUUCUUGCAAAAAGCCCAAAUUUAGAAAAUUGUAUCAAGGCGUACUAGAGUUCGUCGAUCUACUGGCACCAUUUAGCUUGGGAGAAUGGAUCAUAAAAAUUGGUAACAUCAAUGAAAUAUACUCGAGAUUAUCUGAAAAAGACAAGGAAAUAUUUUACUGCGACUUGGACGAGCUGAAUAUAGAGGAAUACAUUGAAAUUUUCAUUCUGGGGAUGCGUCGAUAUUUGGCCAAAGAAAAUGAUGACACUUUGCAGAAAGCUUUUAGAAAACGUCGAAGAUUAAUAAUUUUGAAUUACGUCCUCGCCACUGUCCUAAUUGUGAUAUUUGUGAGCUUAUUGAUGAGAUUAUUUUAAUUCCUUCCCGAUGAAAUAUUUUAAUCGAGUCAAUAUGAAGAAACUAUAAUGCCGGAGAAGAGCUGUUGAAACAGUCACUGCGUAAUUUACUUCUAAUCGUAACACGAAGAAAAGUCAUGUUCUUAUUUACAGAAAAUUUUGUGAUUUUUUUUAAUCAGAUUAUUAUUUAUUCAUU